AUGCCUAGUAGUACGUCGACCAUCACUACCUCGACCAGCGAAGAAGAGCUUCUGGCUCCUUACGACGUGUCUGAGCCGGUGGUCAUUAAUACGACACAGGAGAAGAUGGAAAUCCUCGUCUACUUCAAGGAGAGGCUCAUGACUUUCCAAAGACAGAGCACGGACGAUGUGGAUCAG